AUGCGAACUUUGCUCACUCGCUCGCAUCUUUUCCAUCGUCCACCAGCUGCUUUUCCCGCAGAUGCCGACGUUGAUAUCGAUUUCCCCACCGGUCUCUUUGUCGAUAUUCUCAUCCAAGCAAACGGGACGAUCGAAAAUGGCUGUAAUGGAGGAGGCGUGAGCAGCGAUCAUCAUCAUCAUCUCGAAGCUUCACUGGGGCCUUCCACCCGGAUUAACAAGGGCUUGCCAUCGGAGCUCAAAGAGGUUUUCCUGGCCCGACAUCCCGAUUUGAGGCUAAAACUGCAUGGCGCAACAACGCCGGAUGAUGUGCCCACCGAUCCUUUCGUUACGCCACCAUCUGUUCAUGCAGUUAGCAGUAUCAAGAUCCGCUCAGCUCCACUCUCAGCCAGUGAAGAUGAUCGAAAUGGCUCAGAUUCUUCAGCCUGCCCCCAUGAUCCAGAGCCGUCGGCGGAAUUCCCGGAUACGAAAGAUAUUGCUGAUGAUGGCCCAAAUAAACAGUUGUCAUUAGGUGCAUUGAACGGCGAAUGUACUCAGGAACAGCUGAAUGGCGGAGACGCAAGUAGUAUAAACGGAGUGCCGGAAGAGACCACUCCUGAAAAGGCAUUCGACAUGUUGGAAAGUGUUGCGCCACCGGUCAGAGUUCCGGUACCUGAUCAAAAGGACGAAGGCGAAGCAGAACCUCAACGGGAUGUCUCAGAGCAAGAAAGACAAAUACAUAAACAGAAAGAAAACCAUCAACGUGCGCUUGCAGCUUCGAUGUCGCCUAAUAAUUAUGGCCCCGCUAUGAAUCAAUUACCCUCACUAGCGCGAGUGCAGAAGCAGCAGCUGAAACGGAAAUCUCCAAUGCCUUUUGAGGUCAGAGAUCUUCGGACGCCUUCCGAGCGAAGUUCCUCAAUUGUAAGCAACGAGGAUUUGCAACAGAAAAAGCCCAAACUACAGGUAUUCUUUUUUUACCGAUGUGAGUGCUCCUAG